AUGGAUGUCGGGAGCAAGGAGCCAACAGUCGUACCUCCAAAUGGCGACAAGAUACCCGGUCUAGAAUGGGUUCAGCACUGGUGUGGAAUCAUCGUAAACUCGCUGUUGGAUUUGAUUCCGCCAGGUCCUCGAAGUCAAAUAACUAUAUAUAAGGGUUACAUCUCCACGGCGCUCGACGCACUCCCAACCGGCAUACGCACACGAUUGCCGUUCCUACUGGUCGUGCUUCUCUUCUCGCCAAGACUCUUUGUCUAUGUAAUCUUUAUCUUUGCUGGGUUUUUGGGAGGUUAUGUACAUGGAGUGCCCACAAUGUCCUCUACUGAGGCACUGGCCCGAUGGCGUGAAUCUAGGAAUAUUCGCAUGCCAACUCCACUGGCUGCUGAAAAUAGCAGUAGUGAGCCACUCUGGUCUGUUGUACCCAGUGCAAAUCCUCGAAACCCAAAGGAUUUACAAAUGAUUGCACGGCCUGGAUCUCCAGCUAUCGAAGCCGCAAUCAAAAAACUACUUGACUUGUUUGUACGAGACUAUAUAUGUCAGUGGUUUACGCCAAUCGACUAUUCGAAAACAAACGAGUUUCCGGAACUCGUGCAUGAUGGGGUUAGGUCUGCAGUGCUCACUUUGGGUCGCUUCAUCAAGCGCCACAGGGCUGCUGAGGCCUUCCUCACCAUAUCUCAUGUGUUUGUCGAGCAUAUGAGAGAAUACCGUGCUUUCGAAGCAACAUCAACGACACUCCCAGAAUACCUACAAGCAAACCCAUCAUCACGCUUCAACCGCUACAGCACCACCGAAAAGAUACGGUCGCGUUUACGUAUCAUUGGACGAUACCUCGUAGAGCACGUCGUGCCACCAUCUGAUCGAGCAUCACCAAUCCUAGUAGCCUUCACAACUGAAAUUACAGCCACAUCGCUUCUAGAAUCCGUAGUAGAAGCUAUCGCAGAUCCCGAUAAAUUGAACCAGUAUAUAGUUUCAGGACUCAAGGAUUUAGCAUCGACACAGGCUAAACAGGAUGCUCAGAAUUUUGAGAAGGGUGUGGGGUUGUCACCAAAUCAGACUCAGAAGAGGACGAAACGUACUGAUGGUGAAACGGACGAGAUAUUUGUCAAGGUGGUUGAAGCCAACCGGCUGCCGAUUCUGGGUCAAAAUGGUGUUUAUUGUGCAGUAUACUGUGGGAAUGUGCUCCACAAAACCAACAAAGUAGCUUCAGAGUCUAAUCCCAUCUGGACCCAAGGCUUCAAAAUUGAUUGGAACAAGAAUAGUGCCAGAGGAGUGAAUGGAAUCGUGGUUGAAGUGUACAAUGUCAAUAAUUUGAAAAAGGAUGAUUUGAUUGGAAGCGUCUCCAUACCCUACAAAAAACUAGUACCAAACAAGUAUACCAAACAGUGGUUUCCAUUAGAGAGUGAUAACGGCAAAGCACCUUCGAAUGCUGCCGAAUUACAAUUAGAGGUCAUGUAUAUAUCCACCGCUGCUGCAGAUAUAGCGUCUGCUGAUGACCGAGACUCAUCACCGACACGGAAACCACGAGCAGCUCCAUAUCGAUUCGAUGACGAUGAUUCAGUGCCAACCAACACUGGUACAUCAAGUCUAAAACCAGCCGAAAGUUUGCUGGGCAAUAUUCCUCUAUCGUCAACGGACUUGGAUCCCGAAUCAUUGACUAUAAAAGACAUCUUCACUCGUAAUCAAGCCUUGUUGGAAUUCAUGCAAUUCAUGGAUUCUCGACAGGGUGGACCAGGAUUGGUUCAAUUCUACUCAAUGGCUGAUAACUAUCGUCAAUUCUCAACUAUGGAUGCCAGCAUUGAUAGCAUGAGAAACGAUGCCGAGUCUUUAUUAGCUGUAUUCUUUGGACCAAAAGCACAAUACCCGUUAUUUCUACCAGGUUAUCCAAAUCUUGGAGUAGAUUUAAGGAAUGAAAUCAAGGCUAAACCGAGUCCUCAUGUAUUCAGUGCCGUGCAGAAUCUGGUGCUGGAAGAAAUGGAACGUAAUCAUUUUGAUGCAUUCAAGCAAUCUGAUGCAUUCAAACGAUACGUCAAGGAAGUCAAGUCUACGGUCGAGACUGUGACUCAUAUGAAACAUGAAAGUAGUCAAGAUGAUAUGCAUUUAGUGAUCCCCAAACCCAGUAACGGUUCUAUCGCCACGACGGAAUCAAGCAAUACAAGCAGUAAACCUUAUUCGAUCUCCAGCAAUAGUAACAACAAGUCUGCUCUAGAACUAGCUGGAUUUGCUAGUUCAUCACCCGAAAUGGACUCUCAUAUACCCAAGCUGAAUAGUGAUGAAACAGCAUCCCCAUCUCCAUCAGUAGACGAUGAUGGCUCGAGUGUCAAUGAAGAUGGCAAAGAUUCUUCAGCGCUGCUGAUUGAACAACUAGAGUCAGCACAGGCCUCUGAAGGACCGGAUUUUUUGAUUGCUGCAGUAGCAGGACUUCGAGAGCAAUUAAUAGUCAUUGACAACAUACUGCAAAAGACACCGGCCAAUGAAUCGGCCAAAGUAUCAGAGUUGACGUCCACAAAGAUUAGUCUGCAGUCACAGAUAUCACAGCUUGUAGAUAUGAUUGAUGAAGCAUCUGUAUUAGAUGGUGGAUUGAGCGCACGAGUCAAUCUACAAAACAUCAAAAUCAACAUUUACGAUUCAUCAGAUGAUCGUGAGCCUGGCAAGCUAGGGUCGGCCUUGGCUGGUAAAGGUAAUAAAUUCCUAUAUACUAUACAGAUAGAACGACGAGAUGGCACGGCAGGAUGGAUGAUUAGCAAGACGUAUUCGGAUUUCGUGACGUUUGAAGCAGUCUUGCUGAAGACUUUUCCUAAAAUCGCCAAGAUGCCAUUACCACACCGCCCUCGUACAAGUAGUAGAGCAGCUGCUAGACGGUUGUCGAGGGAUUUAGAAACGUGGUGUAAUAUAGUAGUAUCGGAUGCAGCCAUGUGUGAAUCUGCUCCGCUGCAAUCAUUCUUCAAACCAGAAAGUGUGGUGAAAGAACCUCAAAAGAAGAUUGGUGCUGAUGUACGUGGUAGUGUCUUGCAGACUAUUAAAGGAGCUCUCAAGGUGGCUGUGAAUGCUUCGAAUGCUCUAGAUUCUCUGCUGAAUGAUAUGGAAGAUGAUGCUCGUGGAGUGCCAAGACGGACACCACGUAAUUCCAAGGAAGUGCCAUCACGUCUAUCAACUGGUGAUAAUGAUCUAUCAACGCAACGUAGUAAUAGCAGUACCAAAUUGGCAUUGAUUCCUGAAUCACCGACGAGAAGUACUACUGAUGGAAAAGGAGACGUUGCGCGUGGGAAUGUCUCUGAGAGGCUAGCAGCUGUAGGAUCCAAGCAUCGGACUAGUGCUCUCGUUGCCAAGAACGACGAUUCGAAUAAUAUGCCACCACCAUUACCCAUUCGACCACCAGAACGAUCAACUAGUAGCCCUGUAGGCUCUUUGUAUAAUAGUGACUCGUCAUCGUCACCACCGAAACGAUAUCAGGAGUCAUUGCCGCCGUCAUCACCACGUCGGACAAAGGAGACUACGACGGAGGAAGAUUGGGCUGCUAUACAGGCUAAUGUAGGUCCAGCGGGAUUGGUACCCCCUCCGGUACCGUAUCGACCUGAUGAAGUUAGGAAGUCUGAAGAGGGUAUAAGGCAGCGUAAAUCAGGUGAUUCGGUAGAAACUCCCAUGAGAACGUCUGGAUCAUCAGGGACUUUAUCAACAUCACCAUUAGCAUCAGCACAGAAUCCAUCUCAACCGAGAACCAGACAACGUACCAUACCACCUGUAAUUACCGACGACGAACUCGAACUAGUGCUAGACUCCUUUUUCGCCACACUCGAAGAAGCAUUCGCACUCUCCGACCCAUCACAAUGGAUUCGCCAAAAGGGACUCCAUGUAGUCAAACAACUAUUACGACGAGCGUAUAACGCUACUCUGACCUCAUACAUUCAAAAAAACCUAUCAAUGUACAUGUCUGAAGAAUCCGCCGUAUCCUAUCUAGAUGAACUCAGAUCAUACUUUUGGCCUAACGACAUAUGGUGGGAGCAAGCCCCCGGAGCUGUAACUCCAAUCCCACAACGCACCGAAGUCGAAAUUCAGGACACUAAAGCAGCUGCCAAGCAUUUACUUGUAUCUGGUGCGCUGCCGACUGGUGGUAUACAGCAGAUUGUGGGGAGGAUUAAUACGGUGGCGGGUAUUACCAGGCUGUUUAAUAUGCUGCAGAUUAAAGAGUUGAAUCGGAUUUUGAUGUUGGAGUUGCUGGAUAAUUUGAUUAAGGAUAUUGUUUAUGGUACAGUUGAAUAA